AUGGUAGUUUCACGAUUGCUUCCGGAGAUGGGAAAGCAGAGGACACAACUGCUGGGACAGCGCUCUUUACAGCCACUGCAACUGUUGGCGGUACAGCCUCCUAUGAGCUUGUUGAUGAUGCAGGCGACCAGGGCUACUGACGACGGGGGUGGCGCUGUUGGAACAGCCACUAUUACCCUCCCAAUAACUGACGUCAACGAGGCGCCAACGUACGCUAAUGCGCAAAACGAGGCAUGUGCCGUGGACAACUCUGCCGCUGACACUGUGAUAGGCACCUACACGGCCACAGAUCAGGACUCUGGUGAUACCAUCACAUACUCCAUAAACUCUGGGAACACCAACACUGACUUUACAUACGGGACGGAUGGCAAAAUAAAAGUAGCGACAAGCAAGACCCUUGACAUGAGUACGACGGCUACCUACACGUUGGUACUCCAUGCCACUGAUGAUGACGGCACAGCCCUUACCGGAUCCUCCACGGUGACCGUUAGCGUCCAGGCAGCUUGCGGUGCAGGAGCAAUUGGCGCCAUGUUUGCGUCUGUGCUACUGGCAGCGAUUGUUUCGUAUUUGAUCUAAAAAGGAGUUGUAUCAGAUACCUUUAAGACGUUUCUUUUUCAACAUUACCUAGUUUUUGGUUAAAAAAAUAAUGCCCUGUGAUGGUGAACUAGUGAGUCAUAUAUUAAAUUGAACCAAUUUAACAAGAACAAAAAAAUGACAAAAGGGCACGUAUUUCAUAUACGUCAAUUCACGAACCAGAUUUCUUAACGAUUUCGUAGCUUAUUUUUGAAUUUAUGGAUUAAUUCGCUUGAAUCAAAGUAUGUGUUACAUUUUCCUUAACUGUAGUAGCAAACCUGUAUUUUUUACUCAAAUAAAUAAAACAAAAAGAAUCGUAUUCAAGCCCCAAUUUUGAUAAAAGAAAAGUUGCAAUCCUCUCAUUGUACGUGCACGUGUACAUUUUGGUUACUUGUAGAAAGCUAUGCAAUGCACGUUUGUUCGCAAUUGAUACAUUUAAAGCGCCACAGACACACUGGUUUAAGUCAUAGGCGUAUGCAAACUAAAUUAUCUUAUAUGAAUACAUGGUAACAUCGGGAAGAAAUGAUUAAGAAAUUACAAACAAAGUCAAUGAAUGUUCUUAAGCCUAAACAUCCAAAAAUAUGUUUUAACAUGACUUUCAACACCAACUGAUAGUAUUAAUACAAUUACACAUAGUGUGUCGCUACCUUUAUUUCAUAUUAAAAGUAGCGUAUCGCAACAUCUUUUUUGUAUUACAAAUAGAGUAUUGCAACUUCUCUUUCGCCUUAAUUGUAUUUUUAGUAAUGUGCCACACACUAUAUGUGUCUAUAUCUUUUAUCAAAAAUGUAAUUUGUUCAAGUAUUGUAAACAUCUUGUGCAUACAUUUAAAAACACAGCUCAUACUAGGCACAACUGACAUUUAUAAAAACAACAACACAAUUAAAGUGUUUACUUUUGUACUCUUCUUGUGUGAUAUAUUGCCAAUGAUUUUAAUACUAGUAUUAUGUGUAUACUAAUCCGGAUGCCAGUCAUGAUAUCGGAGAUUGUCUCAUUUUCAAAACAAAAACACAAAUAUACUUACAUUGGAUUACGUAAAAUUGUAAUCAAGAGCAUAGGUUAAUCCAUGAUGAAUUACUGGCGCAGUAACGACUAUUGGAUUUUCUUAGAGCAGUAUCUCUUUCUCUUUUGGCCAUAUUUGAGACAAUUUCCUCUGACGAGCUACCGAUUGUUUGAUGAAAUAAAUUAUAUAAAACGC